UCUUCCAAGGAUCACCAAGCAAUCCGCUCAGAGGUUCGCUGAGAAAAGACUUCCCAUCAAGAUCGAUCUUUUCUAUCAUCAUCAUCAUCAGUGACGAGGAGACUAUCUGCAGAAUCGCAAAACAGUGUCGAACUCAACAACGCCCGAUCAAGUUUUCCUUUGCUUCUAACAUGUCUACUCUCCGCUGGACAGAACAACUACUACCCCAGAAGAAAAGAAAACUCGACCAAUCCAUAGAAAGUGGAAAGUCUUCAGUAGACCAUGGACAGACACUAGAGAAAAACAUUCACCACAAUGUCAAGAAAUUGGUUACAAAUCUUCCCUGCGGAACCAAUUUUACUGACAUUAUUAGUGACAGUUUGGAUGAGCAAACUAUCCCCAACUCAUCCACUUCAACAACUGGUGUAUCCACCAGCAUAGAAGGCUAUCAAGAAGAGCAAUCUAACUCUUACUCUGCUCCAUCAACUGUGGACCUUGUUUCUCCAUCAGUUGUCAUGGAUGAAUCAGUGCAUGAUGACUCAAGCUCAAACUCAUGGAGUCAGCAAGAAAUGGCUUCCAGAAAUCAACUUCUGGAGGAUCCCACAGAUGAGGCAGAUGGUUUGGACUUUUCAGAUGCCGAUGAGGAGUCUAGUGUAACGAUCCGAAGGCGAGUGUUCUCUUUAUUGUACUUAGACGACGAGUAUCCUCCAAGACCCAUGGUGCCAAUCGGCCCCGGAUUCCAGGCGGAAAUCCCUGCAUGGGGGGGCACGUGCACCAAAAACAAUUACAAUACUUCAGAAAGCACGGAAUAUACAGGCACCCGCGUUUGGCCUAUCGAAGACGGAAUCCAUGAAACCCUACUUGUAAGCAAUGGACAAGAAGGCACAAGCUUUGCCCUUGUAAGUCACUAGGAUCAGCUAACUACUUCAAAAGUGAUGCGGAAGCAUUGGGCUCCAUCGAUCUGCUCUCAAGUUCAACUCAGGCCUCGCUGAUUGAUCUGGCUCAAUCCUUAUCCACGCAUGAAAAAAGACCAAUCUUGAGCACAACUUGAUUCAUUGGUGGGGCGGGAGUAUACAACUCAUCGGGACUACCCUUAAGUUCUGGUCUAAUUUAUUUGGCAAGCUCAACACAAUCAUUAAAGCCCAGAAUGUGUUUGAUCACAGCUUGCUUCGGUGGAUUGAAAAUGAAGUUAUCGAUGUGAAGACUGUCAGCCAAAGAGUCAUCAAUUAAGAAGUUAUUAAUUAUUCCUUGCCGAUUAUGUUUUGAAUUACCGAUUCACCAGAAUAAAUGCCGAUCUUUGAAGCGAAUCAACAACAUAUCAAUAGGAGGCUGUCUUGGAUGGAGUCCUUUGCAUUUGUUGA